GAAGUUUGAUCGAUUAUUGGCAGUUGUGCCCGAAGUCUCUUGAUGAAUCGCAAAUUGUUUGGGUUUUAUGAGGGAGGUAUACAGGAUCAGGAGAGUUGUGCGGUGAGACAACUCGACGAAUCUGGGAAGUGUUCAAGUUGCGAUGUUGAAGGUUGCACGGUCUUAUCCGAAAAUACGGGUGUCCUUCAAGAAAAUAACAAAAACAUCAAGAUUUUGUUAUUAGAGGAUGUUUCACAGAAUGCGGUGGAUAAAUUGUUGAAAGAGAGAUACGAAGUGGAGGUGAUCAAGAAAUCUUUGAACAAGGAAGAGUUGAUAGAGAAGAUAAAGGAUGUACAUGUUCUCGGGAUUCGAAGUCGGACUUUGGUGACGAGUGAGGUGUUGAAACACGCAAAAAAUCUAUUAUGCAUUGGAUGUUUUUGUAUAGGAACAAACCAGGUGGAUUUAGAAGAGGCCACAUCAAGAGGGAUUGUGGUGUUCAAUUCGCCGUAUCAGAACAGUCGGAGCGUGGCGGAGUUGAUUAUAUGUGCCAUUAUUUUACUGUCGCGUCAGUUGGGUGAUCGAAACAUAGAGAUGCACCAAGGGAAAUGGAACAAGACGAGUAGGAAUUGUUUCGAGGUAAGAGGAAAGACGCUGGGUGUUGUGGGAUAUGGACAUAUAGGGAGUCAAGUGAGUAUUCUAGCGGAGUCGUUGGGGAUGCAUGUGGUGUUUUAUGAUAUUGCAUCGCCGAUGGCUUUAGGAAACAGCAGAAAAUUGGAAGACUUGGACAGUUUAUUGGCUGUAUCUGAUAUUGUGACCUUGCAUGUUCCACAGACUGAGAAAACGGCUCGCAUGUUUACGAAGAAUCAAUUUGUCAAGAUGAAGAAAGGAUCUAUCUUAUUGAAUGCGUCAAGGGGCAAUGUGGUUGAUCUGGAUGAUUUAUAUGAAGCACUACAAACCCAUCAUUUAGCUGGUGCUUAUUUAGAUGUCUUUCCUACCGAACCGAUGUCCAAUGGUGCUUUUCAAGGUUACGAAAAAAUCGCUUCUUGCCCUAAUGUUUUAUUGACUCCACAUAUAGGCGGAUCUACCUUGGAAGCUCAAUCUGCUAUUGGCGAUGAAGUUUCGUCUAGGAUUGUCAGUUUCUUGAAUACGGGUAAAACAGUUACCUGCGUUAACUUCCCAGAAGUGGAGUUGGUCCCCGUUCGACCAGAUCUUCACCGCAUUAUCAACGUCCAUCAAAAUAAACCAGGUGUCCUUAAAGAAAUCAACAACAUCCUCUGUCACUAUAAUGUCGAAGGACAAAUUCUUAGAACCUUUGGACACAUUGGUUAUUUCAUUGCCGACUUUGACAGCAAAUCGCUUAAUAGAUUCGGCGAUCGGGUUGCCGCGCUUUCCUCUUCUAUCCUUACGCGAGUAAUUUAUCACAAUCAAGAACAAUAAUAAAAAUAAAUUUUUAUUUUUUUUCACAAAA